AUGUUGUCCUCCAGUUGCUCUAGCAGCGGCGUCAAGUCUGUAGUCUCCAUGCCUGGCGAGUUGCGGUCAAUUUGGGGCUCUUCUUGACGAGAUGUUUCCCAGUUGAAUGAAGAACAAAAGUUUGGGCGCGAAAAAUGACGGAUUAUGUCAGCGCCGACAGCCGAGUUUAGCGUCUUUCGCGCUAGAUCUGACGAACCUCCGGUUGCCGCAAACAUUUCUAUGCCAGUUCAACCCUGGCUGAAUAUUUCAAUACGAAUAUAUAGCAAUUUAUAGACGAGUAUCUAUAUGCUGAGUUCAUAAGCUGCUGCAAAUACGAGAGCGUUGAUUGUGAAAAAGCGGGAAUCAAAUUACAUUAUCGGACCUUCGCAUUUCUGGCGAUCAUAGCUUGUUGAGCCGUGCAACGAGAGAAUUAUAUAUAUUUCCUCCGACGUCGCACAUAACAGCAUGUCCAAUUGGAGCCUUCCAUACCACAGAAUCGGUAUACAAGUCUCCCGGAAUAUCCUUGAGAUCUAGGCUCCAACAAUAUCUAUUGCAACUAACCCAGCUCUCGAAUUCCUGCCCGAAUAUCUCCGGAUGCAGUGGUCUGCCUAAGCUAUGACAAGGACCCCCCCAUCGCGGGACCGAUUGACAAUCUAAAAAUUACACGCCGGGUGCAAGCCAAAUAAAUUCAGGUGUACCAACCGUCACAAUGCGGGUUGGCGUCACGACUUUCCAACUCUUCGCAAGAUGUCCUGAUGCCUACCGUAUGCAGUCAGUUUCCCUGCGGCUCUUCCAUACCACCCUCAAACCGCGGAAUGACGGAUACGUCAAACCUGAACCCCGGUUUCAGGAACAAAGAAUACCGUCGCGAAUACAUAUUAUAGGGGUGGGAAAUAUUGGAGGAUUUCUCGCCCAUUCAUUGGCUGGCGAUACAAAACGCCCGCCAGUAACCCUCCUAUUACACAACCAAAAGACACUAGAACGGUGGGAAAAAAACAGGCGGCGGAUAACGUUGGUGCGAAAUGGACUGGCAGAGCAUAGAUGGGGGUUCGACAUAAAUGUCAAAAGAGACGGCGUUUGGCAUUACGUGCCACAGGAUUCAAAACUAGCUCGGGAACAGAAGGAAGCUGGCGGAUAUCCUGAGCGGGAUCCCUUGGAAGCGAAUGAGGAAAUCAUUGACAAUCUUAUCGUCGCCUCCAAGGCCACAAGGGUCCGGUGGGUGUUGGAAUCUGUUAGACAUCGCCUCACACCAUAUUCUACCAUUGUCUUCGUACACAAUGGCUUGGGGGUCCAGGAACAAGUGAAUGAACAUGUUUUUCCCGAUCCAGAGACCCGCCCCAGUUAUGUCUUUGGAGUGAUAUCGCAUGGGCUGUUUAAAAUGGAUCAUUUUGUGAUCAAACAUGCGGGAGUCGGGACCUGUUUAUUCAGCAUCGGAUACACGAACCCGCUGGCAAGAGCUAGGACCGAAAAUAAUAUUUUGGAGUAUAAGAAGAAACAGGAAAUGGGCCGAAUAGCUGCCGCUCACGAGCAAUCAGAAGAACAACAACGACAGGAGGGGGAAAUACAAAAACAACCAGAAGACCUCCAGGAGGAAGAACAGCUACAACACCGGAAUGACCUCCUGGCACUCCACAAAGCACAAUCAAGCCUACCCGAGGAAGUUUGGGCAUCUACCUCUCUGUACCUAAUACGGGUGUUAACCCGCAAUACCCAGCUAGUAGCCAGCGCAGUUCCUUCUGACACUUUCCUCCAACACCAACUUGAAAAGCUCGUCAUAAACUGCAUCAUCAACCCGCUCACCGUCAUCUUCGACUGCUUCAACGGUGACCUCCUCUACAACUACCACAUCUCCCGUGUCCAACGACUGCUUCUCCUCGAGAUCUCUGCUGUCAUCUGCGCACUGCCGGAACUCCAGGGUGUCCCCGGUAUACAGGCACGGUUCGCCCCGGACCGCCUGCGCACCCUUGCGGUGAGCGUUAUGGCAAACACGGCAAAAAAUGUUAGCUCUAUGUUGCAAGAUGUGCGUCUACGGAAUCCGACGGAGAUUAAGUAUAUGAAUGGUUAUAUUGUGAAGAGAGGGGAGGAAUUGGGGAUCAAGUGCGCAUUGAACUAUAUGGUGGUUCAGAUGGUGUUGGCUCGAGAGAAGAUUAAGCUCGCAAAGGAAUUUGGGGAUAUCCCCAUGGUUAUGGAGCCAGAGGUUGCUGGGCGGGCUUAGAUGUUAGUGCCUAUAUUUGCUAUUUAUCCUAAUAUUUUUUAGGAGCUCAUUUUGGUUCGACAGCCAUAGGAGUUCCUAUCCAUUUCCAUCAUCAUAUUCUCAUAUAUAUAUAUAUCUUAUAUAUUUGAUUUUGACAUAUGCCAAUAUCCCAAGAGGAAGUAGAGGUUCUCUCUCCGUUCGGUUAGAGUGCUGGGGGUUUUGUUAAUGCCCGGCAAUAUUCUCCAAUUAAUCAACAGUCUUCAGCACCGCAUUGCACAGUUCUACUAUCUGCUUCCACCUCAUAGAGAUGACGUCAAAUUGAGGUUCCCCGCCAUACUUCCUGCUCCGCCGUAGCGCUGUUAACUUCGAGAUAGCUACUUCGGCCUCAUGAAUGUACUCGUGUAUCCAGGCCGCGAUGAUCGAAUUCGUCUUCCUCUGGUCAAAACUUGCUGGUUGGUAUCCAAGGAUAUACUGAUUCCAAUCAUCGAGAGUCAUAUAUUUCAUGCAAGCAGCCACCUCAGUGCGAAAGCAGGGGCCUUUGGUAGUUAUUUGGUAGUUUCUGUUUUGUGAGGUAUUUUAGUGGCGCGUUGGUUUUAGCAAAGAAUUAAUUGACGGCAGCGAAAACUGAAGGGAAAUGAAAUAGUAGCAGAUGGUGAGCUCACCCAAGGUAUCUAUCAAUGCUAAGAGCUUCGAUCUUUUUGGAGGAGAAAUCCUUUAGAAUUAUGUCAUCUAGAAACAGGUCGUCCCAUUUGUUCACAGCGGGGAUAAAACCAUCUUUUGUAAUGUAAGCCUUCGGUUUCCUAUAUAGCUGAUGACUGAUAGCUGGUCCUGAAUGCAUCAAUAUAAAACUCACAAUCGGUCAAAAGAAUAUCACACGAAUGAUUUCCAUAGGA